CUGAACGCACCGCCGGCUUCUUCCCUUGCAGCUGUCCGCCAUGAAUCCAGGACUGCAACUUGUUCACUUUUUAAUAAGUUUCCCAGUGAUCAGCGGCACGCCUUUCCACUACAACAUGUUUCAGGGAAACGCGUACUCCGCCGCCGAAACGCGCCAAAGGAACAAAAACUGGUGCGCAUACGUGGUGCACAAAAACGUGAGCUGCGCCGUCGUGGGAGGGAUGGAGAGCUUUGCGCAGCCGGAGUCCGCGCCGUGUCCGCCCGAGCUGCCCGACUGCGCGCAACAAGUCCUAUAUCGAACACAUUUCAGACCCACGUACAAAAUCGGGUACAAGACUGUAACGGAACUGGAGUGGAGGUGCUGCCCGGGCUACCAGGGCCAAGACUGCAUGGAGGUGAAAGACAUAAGGCAAACCCGAGUCGAGCGUUUACACCAUGCGCCCUCUGCCUCUGGGUAUUUACCAAAUCUACAAGCUUCUAAUCAUAGGACAGAGAGCGAAAGAAACUAUCCAUUUGGAGGGGAGUGGCAGGUUAGAGGUCAUACAGGCAACAGGGCCCAAGUGGGUCAAAAAGGACCUGAAAGUGAUCAACACCUGGAGCAGGAGGUGCAGCGGCUGUCCCAGAUGGUCCUCGACGUGCAGGCAAGAAUGACAGACAUGGCGUCUAAUCUGAGGCUGGAUUUCCAAGAGGACGCCAGUAAAAUGCUGGUUUCCCUGCUGGAUGAUUUCAAACAGCCUGCCAGCGCACGUGGUGCUGAGACCCAAACCAUUCAGGUGCAGGACUUCACUUUGAACCAUGAGACCACACAAAUGGAUGAUGUAAUGAACAAGAUGAACCAAGUUAUGGAUGAACUGGAGUCCAAGAGCAACACCUUGGAUGACCUGCAGGGUCGAGUCAACUACCACGAUGGACAAAUUCGUCUGUUAAUGGAAGGUGACCAGACCCCUCCGCACACACCCCCUCCUGCAUCUCCAACCAGUGACCUGCAGGCCUACUUGGACAGUAAGAUCAGCGCUCUGAGAGAAGAGCUGAUGGAAGGCAUGGAAAUCAAGAUGGCAGACUUGAAGAGCUCUUGUGAUUAUAAAAUCCUCUCAGUGCAGGAACAAUGUGAAGGACAGGAGACGAAUUACUUCAGCCUGGCCGAGCUCAUGGACUCAAAGGAAGGUGACCUCCGCAAUGAGAUCCAAGAACUUAGAGCUAAAGUGGCUGAUCUGGGGCGGGCAGACUCUGGAGGAUCUGACUCUGUUCUGGCUCGUCUGGACAGCCUUGAAACCCAUUUGAACUCGUCGGAUAAGACUCUAAAGGCUCAGUGCCUCUCUGUAGAGAAGAGCCUUCGGAACGAGCAGGAUGAAGCUAUCAAACACCUGAAGAAGACUCUGGAGGACAAGCUGGCCUCCAUGGAAGACAAACUGGCAGAUAGCAGCACCUUCCAUUCUGACGGUCAAAACAAGAGUGUUGGGCUUCUGCAGGAAGAUGUUAAAACUCUAAAGGAUUCUGUUGACAUUCUGAAGCAACGAGCCAAUGGCAUGGACCAUUUAUGCUCACAAGAGUGCAGAUCUAAUUUGACUGCUCUAGAAAACCUUCACCGAAUUGUAAAUAUUGAGACGUUGUGCAACAAGCUGGAGCCCAUCUCCAACAGCCUCCUGAGGAUCAAAGAGGGACUGAACAAGCACGUCACCGAGCUGUGGACCUGCGUAAACCAGGUGAACAGCACAGUUGGGGCUCACGCUCAAGAUAUUGGAGGACUGAAGGGAACAUGUCAGACCAUCCAGAACCAUAUCGUAAACGUGGACAGAGACCUUCAGGUCUUAAUGACCAGCUCUCCUGGGAAGGAAGGUGAACUGGGGGAGGUGGGACCUCCUGCAAUUUCACCUUCGACUUUUGGAGUGUCAGCUGGCCUUGUAGACCACUCCCUCCCACAGCUGCAUGUAAUGGAGACUGGCGAGGCAGGCCCCCCAGGUAAAAUGACCUCAUCAAUGUUGCCAGAGGGGGCAGACAGCAGUACGAUGACUGUUCAGGGGUUUGCUGGAGCUCCAGCCUCUCCUGUGAAAUCCAAGGACUCUUUAAAAACCAGCAUACCUCUAAUCACAGAUAGGGAUAUGCUUCUGAGACCUCCACCUCUGAAACCAGCCACAGCUCCAGGUGAGAUGGUAUCAUUCUCCGCCGGUUUAACUCUCCCGCCAUUUCAAGAAAUUGGAAUCAUUCGAUUUAACAUGGUGCUCGUCAACGAUGGGGGACAUUAUGACCCUCAAACAGGUAUCUUCACUGCUCCCACAGACGGCCGCUACCUGGUGACCUCCGUGCUCGCAGCCCAGAGAGGUGAACAGGUUGAGGCCGUGCUGUCGGUGUCCAACCACAGCGUCCAGAAGUUGAGCUCAGGCUUCCUGUCUGAAACUGAACCACGUCAGCAGUGUAGCUGCAGCGGUUCGACAUCACUGAGUUUGGUGGUUCACAUGAAACGAGGAGACCAGGCAGGACUUGUCCUGACUGCUGGAAAACUCGCCGUUUCAGACUCCGCACAGGUCCUGUCGUCUUUUAGCAUCGUGCUUCUGUACGCCAACCCAAUGAAGCGGUAGCUGCUCUGACACUUUACUGUAAAUACACCUGAGCUUCGAGGGUUGUUGUGUUAAAUUAUGAGAGGGAAGGACAAAUGUAUUUAAGA